AUGGUUUUACUGGAAUUUAGAAUGGAUAAUAUUCAUUGUCACGAGUGUGAAGACCAUAUCCGCAUCACACUAUCCAAGUAUUUCGAAUGGGUCGAUAAGGACGAUUUAGAGUCUUCGAACGAAUCUUAUGGAUCUCGCGGAGCUAAAUUUUUGCCAAGCUCAUCGGAAGAUGGCAAAGAACGGUUCAAAGCUUCGAUGAAAAUUGACCAUUCGCAAGGCAUUCUAGAAAUACAUAUUUACGGUGUCGGAGUAUUAUUGAGUCGUUCUGACUUGUCAAUACUUGUUGAUUCGAUAAAGAGGGAUCUCACGUAUGAAGGUUUUCUCGUGAAGAGCACGAUAUUCGCAGGCGACGAUGAACCUUCAAAUAACCAGGAAGUCCCCAAGCAGAAACUCAGCUUUCUGAAAAGUUGGCCACGUUUCGCAGAACGUCGGGAAAAGAAGCAGCGGGCUAGGCACUUGAAGAAUUGCGAAUUCUGCCGCAGCCCGAGUGAAGAGUCGCACAGGCCGAUUGAGAAAUCAAUUGAAGUUGUGGUGAAUACAGAUGCCGCGUAUGAAGCCUUUGUGAGCGUUGAGUGUUCCGAUUUUGAAGAAUCAUCCGAGGUCAUUAAGACUGAAAUCGAGGCCUUUCUACACUCUACAGCCGCAGGCAAGAAGUCAUUCUUUGUGCGCAUAGACCCGAAGGAGCGUUCUAUUGUAUUCACGGCGCCCUCCAAACAGAUGAUUCAGCAAGUGAUGGACUCUUUGAAACCGACGGGCAUGGGGGCAAGGCUGAUUGAUAUCAAGCCGUAUUUGGGACAGACACGCUACAAAAUCACGGCCGCGAUUGACGGAAUAACGUGUGCUGCUUGUGCCUCAACUAUAAGCGAGGCUGCUCAAAAUUUAAGCUAUGUCGAAGAGGUCGCAGUUAAUGUUGUCAGCAAAACAGCUAUUUUUAUUGUUUCUGACGACAGUGCGAGUAUCGCUGUAGGAUUGAAAGACGCGGUGGAGGAUUGCGGAUAUGGUUUUGAGCAACUGGGUCAUACAGAGGCCCUCGAUGAUGGUUUUUUGAAGAAACAAAGCAGAAGUGUCGUAUUAGAGGUGGACGGCAUGUUUUGCGACCUCUGUCUUGAGCGUGUUGAAAAGGCGCUCUCGAGGUUUCAAGGCGCUAACCUUGUUGUAGAAGAAAAAGCAACUUUGGAACAACCACAUCUAAAAUUCAGCUAUAACCCGAACGUGUCCAAAUCUAUUACCAUAAGGUCAAUCAAAGAUGCUAUUGAAACAGAACUAUCAAGCGGUAAUACUACUACUUUCGAAGUUUUCAUGAAAAAAGAGGCGUCUUUUGGUGAUCGGCUCAAGGAAAAAUCCAAAAAGGAGCUCAUCGGAAUUUGCAUGAGAUUGGUCGGGGCCACUCUUUUCGUGAUACCCACAUUCAUUUUCGGCGUUGUUGGAAUGUCUCUUGUGAACAGAGAUAAUGUAUUCAGAAUUUGGUUAGACGAACCGAUUUGGAGUGGCAAUGUCUCGCGGAAUACAUGGAUUUUAUUCAUUUUGAGUACACCCGUCUACUUUAUUAUCGAUGAAAUGUUCCAUAAGAAGGCCUUUAUGGAGAUAAGGGCAUUAUGGAAGCGAAAAAAUAACUGGAAAAAGAGGCUCUUACGUUUUGGCAGCAUGAGUCUUCUUGUAAGCUUAGGAACAUCUGUGGCUUAUUUUGCGAGUUUAGCUCUUCUCGUAAUUUCAGCCACAUCGAAGAGAAAGAUGGGCGAAGUGGGGUAUACUACAACUUACUUUGACUCAGUCAUUUUUCUGACGUUCUUCCUCUUAAUUGGAAGGCUCUUAGAAGGCUUUUCCAAGAAUAAAUCGGCUCAAGCCAUUGAUGAGCUGAGCUCUUUGAAAAAAGAGCAAGCCUUUCUCGUAACAAAAACCGCCGAGGGCAAAUUCGUCAAUGAACAGCAGAUUGAAGCCUAUAUGUUGGAACUCGGUGAUUUCAUUAGGGUCCCCCCGGGAACCUCGCCAGCCGAAGAUUGUAUUGUAGUGAGUGGGAAAGCGGAGUUUGAUGAAAGUGCCUUGACUGGUGAACCAGUUCCAGUAUUAAGAGGUGUCGGCGAACAAAUCUUCGCAGGAACAGUGAAUGCGGGCAACGCGGCUGUCGUUGGCAAAGUUACGAGUCUGAAUGGAGAGUCUCUGGUCGAUCAAAUUGUCAAAAGUGUAAGAGAUGGACAGAUGAAAAAAGCUCAGGUUGAAAAGCUGGCAGAUCUUUUGACGGGAUAUUUUGUUCCAAUCGUUAUACUCUCAGCCAUCGUGACGUGGGUGAUUUGGAUAAGCUUAGCUUAUAGUGGAGCUUUGCCGAUAUCAUAUCUUGAUAUUGAUGCGGGUGGUUGGGCAGUGUGGUCUUUGGAAUUCGCAACUUCCGUUUUUGUCGUUGCGUGCCCCUGUGGGAUCGGAUUAGCUGCCCCAACUGCAUUGUUCGAAGGAUCGCGGCUUGCAGCAAGAAGUGGAAUUCUUGCUAGAGGUGGUGGAGCCGCUUUCCAAGAGAGUUCUCGGGUAUCCAUCGUUUGUUUCGACAAGACAGGGACUCUAACCACAGGAAAUAAGCUUACUGUUUCUGAUUUUGCUUUGCACAGUGAUCCACGCAUGAGAGAAAUUACCCUACAAGUUACAAAAGACUUAGAAGGAUCUUCAUCGCAUCCAAUCGCCAAGGGUGUAAGUGAAUUCUUGCUUCAGAAUUAUGGCGCGGCGAUCGCCAAGAACAAGAUGACCAAUAUCAGAGAAAUUGCAGGCAGAGGUCUACAAGCGGACGUCAACACAUCGGAGAUAUUGCCCAAUACGAGUUGGUCAGACUUAAGUCCUGAGUCAGCUGUUGUAGGAAAUGAAGCUUUCAUGGCGGCAAAUGGCUGUACCUUGAGUAAUUCUCAGGAAUGUCUUCUCAAGAGGUGGAAAGCACAAGGAAAGAGCGUUGUGAUAACAGCUGUCAGAUGCCCUACGCUUUUUGGUAAUAACGCGUAUUCUGCUGUUCUACUGAUGGCCCUCGAAAAUGCCAUUAGACCUGAAGCCAAAGACGUCAUAAAAAAACUUCAAGAGAAUGGUAUUCAAUGUUGGAUGAUUUCCGGCGAUAAUGCAAUUACAGCGAAGGCCAUUGCCGACAAACUGAAUAUUAGUAAUGUUAUUGCCGAAGUCAUGCCGGAGGAAAAGGCCGCUAAGGUAAAAUGGAUUCGAAAUACCCAUUCGCAAAAUGGUCAGCUCCCAAUUGUAGCCAUGGUUGGAGAUGGUACAAACGACGGACCCGCUCUUGCCUGCGCCGAUGUUGGAAUCGCUUUGGCCUCGGGCUCAGACCUAGCUGUCACUUCAUGUGAUUUUGUCUUGCUUAGGUCAAGUAAUCCAUUGGUGUCUCUUCUGAACCUUUUAGAGUUAUCGAAAGCCGUUUACCGAAGGGUCAAAUUCAAUUUCGGAUGGGCCCUAUUGUAUAACAUGAUCGGUGUUCCUAUUGCAGCAGGCGUGAUUUAUCCUUACAGAAACUCUAGACUCUCUCCAGUGUGGGCCAGUGCGGCAAUGGCUGCUUCUUCAAUUUCGGUCGUCAUGAGCAGUUUUGCUCUGCGACUGUUUAGACCAUCAGAAGUCAUUUUGGAGUCAUCAAAUGAAAUUGGUGAUGAACAAACUCAAGCUAAGGAAUUUCUUUUAGAAUAA